AUGCAGCGGCACUUCGACCUGGAGUCCGAGGUGCUCGAGCAGGUGAAGCAGCUGGUCGACAUGCAUGCACUAGUUGGCAACGAAUUCGGCACCCCUCUGCCGCUCAGCCUCCAGGGCGCCCCUGCGCUGUCCACGCUCUCAUGCGUCGACGUGGAUUCGCAGAGCGUCGUCGACGGGGCCCCGGAUUUCAGCCCGAUGUGCGACAUCGAGGACAUAAUCGUCGUAUGUCUACGCGCUUUCAUGGCCAGUCAAGCCCGCUGGAGACCGACUAUAAUCGGGCCAGUCGCAGCCGCUGAUUGGCCGAAGACUGUGCGUGAGCUGAUGGGCAGGGCAGUGAGUCAUGGCAGCUCCGUCGAGAACAGGCUGUUGCUGUCUCACAUUCUGUCAAUCCCGAAGCCGUUGGACAGGGAGCUAAUGCCGGGCGACCUCUCGCACAGGAACAGUGGCAUGCACGCCGAUUCCAAGGCUUGGCUCGCGGCGGCUAUUCGCCGGGCACAUUUUCCAAAGCCCGCCGAGAGUUACCUCGCGGACUAUGUGCGCUUGAAGAGGGGCUCGGGCUGGAAGUUCUGUUCGCGCGCCCUCGACAUCAACGGGCUCUGCGCCGUGCUUAAUAACACCGGCGCGUUCGUCGCGUCCAAGGUGAGUGACGGCGGGCGGGCGAAGAACUACAGGGUCCGCGAUGCGCCGGCCGAGGGCGCGCGCCUGCGAGGACUCUUCCAGCUUCUGCCGGUGACCUUCGAGCUCGACUUUGCAGCCAUAGUGGAUCCAGACUCUCCUUGCCCCAUGGAGGAGACGGGGCGCGCGUUGCGCGUGACGGUCAAGGUGCCUCUCUGGAAGAUCAAGGACUCGGCGAUGGAGGAAGGUGUCUAUGACCCCGCGCAGCAUGACAGCCGCCGGGCGUAUCGCGAGGGGACAGAGGCGUCCAACGACGGUGCCGAGGGCGCCUCCGACGACGAGUGUCCGCCUCAGCCCGAGACAAAGACGACGGGCGAAGAGUUCCUGGAAGUUCUCGCAGAAAUCAUGCGGAACGACACGGAGGCACCGAGCUUAGUGGGCCUGGAAGCGUCAGACGAGGAGCAGUCUCCGCCUGGUCCGCCGCCUCCUUGUGCCGGAGAUCGAGUUCAGAUGUCGCCCGCGGCCUCGGAGGGCGAGGGCGGCGAGAAGGACGAGGCGAACUCGCAUCGCUUUCUGCGCGCCCGCCACAAAGCGGUCGAGCCCCGCUGUCUCCCGCAGCCCGAGAUGCAUUCCAUCUCCAGGGAGAUGAAGGCCCUGGACGACCAGUACCUCGAGAUCGAGCGCGAAUUCGAGAAGAAGGUGCGAGAGCUGCGCAAGGAGUUCUCCGAGAGGCAACAGCCCCUCCUUGAGGCGCGAACGAAGAUCCUGAAGGGCGAGGCGGGGGGCGACCAGAAGACGGGCACGCCGGCGGUGAAGGGCUUCUGGCUGGAGGCGCUCGGGAACCAUCCAGCCUUCGAAGGCGCUAUCGAGGAAUGGGAUGCCCCAGUGCUGGAAUACCUGCAGGACAUCACCCAGAUCUCCUUGGACCCCGACGACUCCUCGAAAGGCUUCAAACUCAGGUUCGAGUUCGCGCCGAACCCGUAUUUCGAAGAGGCAGUGUUGUCGAAGGAAUACCACACCAAGGAGAAAUCGCCCUACACGGGCGAGACUGGGCUGACCGAGAUCAUCGCGUCCGACAUCACUUGGAAGGCGUGGGCGCCCUCCUUUUCCUUGGCUUCCCCCAUUUCUCUGUUAAGGAUCCCAGCCCGCCUCCGGCAACUCUGCUACAGGUGGGGCCAGUGGAGCGGGAUGCCAGGGGAGUUCAAGCAGCCACCGGUGCGACAGACGGGGCCACCUCCAUAG